AUGAAGUUCCAAGACUUGGCAGCCUUAGGCUUGCUGCUUGUCACCGGUGCAAUUGCCAGUGUCCCCACAAUCGAAAUCAAAGGCUCCAAGUUCUUUUAUUCCAACAAUGGAACCGAAUUCUACAUCCGAGGCAUAGCCUAUCAGGAUGACUACGAUGGCGGUGGUGCCAAGGGCACUGGGCAGACCAGUGCUUCUACCUACAAAGACCCUCUUUUCGAUCUGAGCAUCUGCAAUCGCGAUAUUCCCUAUCUCCAGAAGCUAAACACAAAUGUUAUCCGCACAUACACUGUGGAUCCCACCGAGGACCACGACGAAUGCAUGCAGAAGCUCGCUGAUGCCGGCAUCUAUGUCAUUACCGAUCUGUCCUCGCCGGAUAUCUCUAUCGAAGCUAAUUCCCCCGUUUGGACCGUCGACCAGUACAAGCGGUAUACCGAUGUCGUCGAUGCGUUCCACAAGUACGACAACGUGAUUGGCUUCUUCGUUGGCAAUGAGGUGGUCAAUCAGCCAAACCAGACUGUUGCCGCAGCUUUCGUCAAAGCCGCUGCUCGCGAUAUCAAGGCCUACAUCAAAGACAAGGACUACAGGAGUUCUCUUGCGAUCGGUUACGCAACAACUGACCAAGAGGACAUUCGCGGCCCGCUAUCCGACUACCUUAACUGCGGAGACCAGUCAAGCGCCAUCGAUUUCUUCGGCUACAAUAUCUACGAAUGGUGCGGCGCCGAGACAUUCCAGACAUCCGGAUAUAAAGACCGAACCAACGAGUACAAGAACUACUCGAUCCCCAUCUUCUUCUCAGAGUACGGCUGCAACACCGUGCGCCCGCGCAAAUUCACCGAUGUUGAGGCCCUCUACGGCCCUGAGAUGAACGAUGUCUGGAGUGGCGGAAUCGUCUACAUGUACUUCGAGACCCAGAACAAGUACGGUCUCGUCUCAGUGGACGGCAAAUCCGUAUCCACCCUCCCCGACUUCGGCUACUACUCAAAGCAGAUCCAAAGCGCGACUCCCACCGGCGUCAACAGCGCCAAGUACUCACCAACAAACACCCCCCGCGCCUGUCCCACCCUGGACGAUAAAUGGCUCGCAAAGGCCAGCCCUCUCCCGCCGACCCCUGAUACCAAGCUCUGCUCUUGCAUGGUCGCGGGUCUGUCAUGCGUCGUUAGCGAUGAUGUCGACCCCGAUGACUACAGUGAUCUCUUCGGCCAGGUCUGUGGAUACGGUGCCCACAUCUGUGACGGUAUCAUCCACAACGCUACCACGGGUGCGUAUGGUAGCUACAGUGUCUGUGGAAGCAAGGACCAGCUGUCGCAGGCGUUCAACCGUUACUACGAAAGCCAGGAUAAGACGGAAUCUGCCUGUGACUUUGAUGGAGCGGCUAAAUUGCAAAAGCCCAAGCGUGUGUCCGGGGAUUGUAAGGCUCCUCUGAGCUCGGCUGGCGGUGUGGCCGGAACGGCUACUGGUACGUCUGGAGGCCCUGCUAGCACCUCGACUUCGACGGGAGCUGCUGCCGCCACUGGUGCCCCUGGUCGGUUUGUGAACGGCUUGUCCAUGGCGGUUGUUGCUGGAGCUGCAGCAAUGGUUGUAUAG